AUGACUUCUUUUUCUUCUAAUUUCUUAGCAAUAUUUUGCAUUGUGCUUCUUGUUUUCAUUUUUUUCUCAAAAUCAAAUGCUCAAUUGAAUUCCAAUUUUUAUUCAACUACAUGUCCAAAUGUUUCGAAUAUUAUUCAAAAUGCUAUUAUAAAAGCGUUACAAUCUGAUGCACGCAUUGGUGCUAGUCUUCUUCGACUUCAUUUCCACGAUUGCUUUGUUAAUGGAUGUGAUGCAUCAGUAUUGUUGGAUAAUAAUGCAACAACAAAUAUAAUAAGUGAGAAAGAUGCAAGACCAAAUGCAAAUUCCUUAAGGGGUUUUAAUGUUGUUGACAACAUUAAGGUUGUUGUUGAGAAUAGUUGUCCUGGUGUUGUUUCUUGUGCUGACAUUCUUGCUCUUGCUGCUCAAUCUUCUGUUUCUCUGGCAGGUGGUCCUUCAUGGAAUGUAUUGUUAGGAAGAAGAGAUAGCAAAACAGCAAAUCAAAAAGGAGCUAAUACUUCAAUUCCUUCUCCUAUUGAAAGUAUAAAUAAUAUUAUUGCAAAAUUUUCUGCUGUUGGGCUAAAUACUACUGAUCUAGUUGCCUUAUCAGGUGCUCACACAUUUGGACGUGCUCAAUGUGGUUUAUUCAGAGAGAGGCUUUACAAUUUUAGUGGCACUGGAAAACCUGAUCCCACGUUAAGCACAACUUAUUUAGCUAAAUUAAUGCAAAUAUGUCCACAAAAUGGAAGUUUUACUACUUUGGUUAAUCUUGAUUUAACAACUCAAGAUAAAUUUGACAACAAUUAUUUCACAAAUUUGCAAAAUCAAAAUGGACUUUUGCAGUCAGAUCAAAAAUUAUUUUCAGGAAUUGGUGCAUUUUCCAAUAUUGUUAAUACAUUUAGAAGGGACCAAAAUGUCUUUUUCCAGAACUUUGUGGUGUCAAUGAUUAAAAUGGGGAAUAUUCGUCCAUUAAUAGGGACUAAUGGUGAAAUUAGAUCAGAUUGUAAGAGAGUUAAUUAAAGAAAGUUUUAUUUGUUUAGAAUUUAGAUUGAUUAUUAUUAAAUCAAUCUAAUAUUUCAUUUUAUUGUAAUAUUAUUACUAACUAUUUGUGGAUUGGGAUCAUGUAAAAUUUAUAUUUGAUGAGUUCGAUCUUUAUGUAUUUA